CUCACCCAUUCACUCAACAACGCCUUCCUUCUCGAACGACAAUACCCAAGCUCUCAACUCCACCUCGUUGUCUCCGCCAACCUCCUUGUCUCUUCUUCCUAUAUCUACUCUGCUAUCUACUUUCCAAAAUUUCACACCAUUAACGGACUUCCCAAUUUGGAAAUUUGCUCGGCUACAAUGGCACAAUCUUUGAAUUUCUUCGUAUCAUCUUCCCGUUCACCGGACUUUACAAUCUCCACCAAUUCCUACUCAAAACCCAUGCUCCAAACCCCCAAUCGCUUCUUGUCAUUCACAAAAUCCCCCCGCAAACCGCUCGUUUUGGUAUCCGCCUCCGCCGACAACGGACAAGGGGGUUUAUCUGCCGUGACGGCGGAUUUCGUUAGUGAUAAUGGGACUAAACCAAUAACUAUUGCACAACCUGAUUCGAGUUCGAUUGAAGUGGAUUCGGUGACGGAGGCGGAGUUGAAGGAGAAUGGAUUCCGGAGUACUCGAAGAACGAAACUUGUGUGCACGAUCGGACCCGCCACUUGCGGGUUUGAGCAGCUGGAGGCGUUGGCCGUCGGAGGGAUGAACGUGGCGAGGAUUAAUAUGUGCCAUGGGACGCGUGAGUGGCACAAGACUGUGAUCGAACGAGUGAGGAGGUUGAAUGAGGAGAAAGGGUAUGCUGUUGCUAUCAUGAUGGAUACCGAAGGAAGUGAGAUUCAUAUGGGGGAUCUCGGUGGUGCUUCAUCGGCAAAAGCUGAGGAUGGAGAAGUAUGGACAUUCAGUGUACGAGCAUACGAUUCCCUUCGCCCUGAGCGAUCCAUCACUGUGAACUAUGAUGGAUUUGCAGAAGAUGUGAAAGUGGGAGAUGAACUUCUUGUUGAUGGAGGAAUGGUGAGGUUUGAGGUGAUUGAAAAAAUCGGUCCAGAUGUCAAGUGUUUGUGUACUGAUCCAGGACUUCUGUUACCAAGGGCAAACUUGACAUUUUGGCGUGAUGGAAGCUUAGUUCGUGAACGUAAUGCCAUGCUUCCAACAAUUUCCUCAAAGGAUUGGUUGGAUAUAGAUUUUGGGAUUGCAGAAGGUGUUGAUUUUAUUGCAGUAUCAUUUGUCAAAUCAGCAGAAGUGAUUAAUCAUCUUAAGAGUUACAUCAAAGCUCGAUCUCGUGAUGGGGACAUAGCAGUACUUGCAAAGAUCGAAAGCAUCGACUCACUAAAAAACUUAAAAGAAAUCAUCCAAGCUUCAGAUGGAGCCAUGGUAGCACGUGGUGACCUUGGUGCUCAAAUCCCAUUAGAACAAGUCCCAUUAGCCCAACAAAAAAUAGUUGAAACAUGCAGAAAAUUAAACAAACCAGUAAUUGUAGCUUCACAGCUACUUGAAUCCAUGAUUGAGUAUCCAACACCUACUCGAGCUGAAGUUGCUGAUGUGUCAGAAGCUGUGAGACAACGUGCUGAUGCACUCAUGUUGUCUGGUGAGUCAGCAAUGGGUCAGUUUCCUGAUAAGGCUUUGACUGUUUUGAGAAGUGUGAGUUUGAGGAUUGAAAAAUGGUGGAGGGAAGAGAAACGACAUGAAGUUAUGGAGUUGCCUGAUAUUGCUUCUUCUUUUUCGGAUAGUAUUUCGGAAGAGAUUUGUAAUUCAGCUGCAAAAAUGGCUAAUAAUCUCGAAGUGGAUGCGCUAUUUGUGUACACAAAAGACGGGCACAUGGCAUCUCUCCUUUCCCGGUCCCGCCCGGACUGCCCGAUUUUCGCGUUCACAACCGAUACUUCGGUCAGAAGACGUCUAAAUCUACAAUGGGGUUUAAUACCAUUUCGCCUUGGUUUCUCGGAUGACAUGGAAAGCAAUCUCAACAAAACUUUUUCUCUACUCAAAGCUCGAGGCAUGAUCAAAUCGGGUGAUCUUGUUAUUGCGGUUUCAGACAUGUUGCAAUCGAUUCAAGUUAUGAAUGUACCAUAAGGAAAAACUUGUGUUGACUAGGGUUUUUGUGAUCUAUCUUGAUGCCGAAAAGUCUUAAAGAUUGUGUUUUGUUAGAAGUUUGUAUUUGCGUUUUGUUAUGUUGAACUUAUGGACUUUGUAAUUUGUUGGAUUUGUUUUCGGUUUAAUGAGAAGGUUGUUUGGUAGAUUGAGGGGAUGUCUUUCUAAUGUAGUAAAUGGUUGUUG